AGUGCGCAAGCCAUAUCGUAACAGGUAACAAGUACGAAAUAACGCAUCGCCAACACGCCUCGCCGUAUGCCAGUAUAUCUGCGGCCGCGGACGGAAAUAAAAGCGGACGCGUCCAGCGUCGGGACGCCGUAUAACGACGCUUCUUGUUUCGAACUCUGUGUGUUGGAUUAGCAUGAGUGCGUUAUGCCAUAGGUUCUAGACAACUCCUCGGAAUUUAGCGUUAGUAACAGCCCCUUCACAUCACAAGAGAACCACCAAACGCCACGCAUGAACCAAAUCAAAGUAGAGAACCCUUUCAAUAGCCAGACCAACAGGAGUUCGACAUGUGGCUGCCUCACAGAGCAUGUAUGUCAUAUCUCCGGCAGAUGAAAUAAUCUGUCUGUCGUAUGGUCGCGUCAUAUACUUACCUUCAUCCUCCCCACAACCAAACGCACACCCAGACCACCAACCAACGGCUGAAGCGACUUCAGAAAGGCCAAAACCUGGGAACAAACCUAGAAACAAUUCAGCAACAUUGGAAAGGGACUACAACUGCAAUAGCAACAAAUCCAGCAAGUCUAGCAGGCACAGCUCAGCGUCGUCUACAUCUGGCAAGCGGAAGGAAGAUAUCACAUCCAGGAAGAGUGCUCCUGAAGCAACGCCUGGAUCUAGUAAGCGCUCAAGCGGUAGCUCUAACCUAAAACCUCCCGAGGCUCUUCCAGUACGCCCAGAGAGAAAAAAAGAUAAGGAUAAAAAGUGCCUGAGACUUCCUACUGACAGGAAGCUUUCCUACACUGACUAUCUGACAGUGGGCAGAGGAACAGACUUGUCCCGGAGUGAUCUGAUCAACACGAGAAGUGACCUUGUGCAGGACGUGAAAUCGACAAGUGACAAACCUGUGAAGCGGGAUAAAUCGCCUGUGUUUCGUUUUUUUCGCGCGCAAUCUUCUAGUCCUAGGACUCUAGGCUGUGAGAGGACCGCCUUCGAUUUUGACGUGUUGUUCAGGCAGGAAUCGAGUCCGGGGAAGUUGGCUGUGAAUUCUGUGAGGCGGCCUGGGGUUGGAUCGGAUUCGAAUUUGGUCAGGAAGCAGGAAUCAGAAAAGUCGCCGACAAGAAAGAGGCCGUUCUUCAGCAGCCUGCGAAACAAGAGAACGUACCUCUCGCUGGGCGAAAAUAUCAAGAUGGCGGCGAACGAAGCUCCUCUCAGGGACCUCAUCCAUCCCGCCUACAACGAACAACUGAAGACGCAUAAUGCGGUGUCCUUCAAACUGGUCAGAACUGUUUCGGACUUCACUCAACAGUUGGGACAAAUGUAUGACCAACAUGCUCAAGAAAUGCAAAUGCUUGUUGCCAGCUUUAGAAAAAAGAAUGGAGAUCUCAGAAAAGAAAGACCAGCUUGUCCAAGUUCCCUCUUCCAUACGUGGGAAACUCUUCUACAAGAGGUGGAAAUCGAUUCGCAAGCGAUGGGUGACAUAGCUUCAAUUCUGGAGCGCCAGGUGGCCAGACCUCUGCUGGAAAGGUCCUUCCACAGAAAAAUCCAGUCUAGGAAAGUGUUCACUCACAGAGAAAGCUACGAGACCAUUAUCGCGAAAACCGAGGAAAAACUGGCUAAGUGUCGGCAGGAAUACAAAAACGCCUAUUUAUCAUAUUUAUCUUCGCCAUCCAAUGACAGUCUGAGUGCGUAUUUCAAUACGCACAACGCUUACAUUCAGCAACUUCAUGCAACGAACGGUAUGAUGGAAGAAUUCGGGAAGAAUACCCUUCCAUCUCUAUUACAGGAACUGGAAGAAAUUUACACUGAUCUGUGUUCAACUGUAACUGAAGCGGUAUUACAGGGUGCUGAAGUAGUUUCUAAUAGGGCAAUAGAACAAUCCAGACGAUAUGACAGCCUAGUAUCUCAAUGCAGGGCUGUCACCGCGAAGUCCGAUCUGAGCCAUCUGUCUCGGUCUCUGCCUGUGCCUGCUGGUAGAAUGCCUGUCUUGAGGAGGAUAUUCGUGCCUCCACAACCUCCUCCGCCUCCUGAUCCGGUGGGGGGAGAACAAUUGGAGUCACUAACGAACGAAAACAUCCCCCCACCCCUCAAGGACGAACUGGUCAUCGACAGACUGUCCGCAGUGCAAAUCAAACCGUCUCACGAGGCUCUGAGGAAGGAAUCCCAGGACCUAGAACUGCAGAUCCGUCAGAUCCAGGAUGCUGUGGACACGCUGUUGCGGGUGCAGCAGCGGUCUGUCGAGGCCUCCCUGUACAAUAAGGCCAAUGAGCUGCAAGAGGACAUCUCCAUGAAGCGUUUUGAUCUCGCAGUGGCUCAGAUACAUCUCAGCGCUAUCAAUUCGCAAAAAGAACUUUUUGCGCAUAAAUUAGAAGGCGAUACUGUCCCUCGCGAACGAAAAUUAUCUUCCGUUUCGACUGGGAGUAUGAAGAAUAAGUGGUUGAAAGCUUUCAAAAGCUUGAAAACCCCACCACCAGAACCUGAAAAGAAAAACGGCGCUGCAGCGAACAGAGAAUUGCUCAAAGGCGAUCCAGAUGCUCACAAUUUCCACGAAAACACCUACAAGAAAAUUACCCCCUGCGACGUAUGCUCCCAGAUUCUUAGAGGACAUACGCGACAGGGACUGAAAUGUAGGAUUUGCAAAAUGAACGUACAUGUCGACUGUCAAGACAAGGCUUCCAAGUGUCAAACUAAGGCCAAGUUGCUGAGAAGACAAAAAUCGACCUCAGAAAUCGAUUCGAGAGUACCAGAACCUAAUCCGGACGAUGAAAGGGUAGCUGAAGUUUACUCAAUGCCAACAAUAAAUAGGAGGCUGUCGAUUAGAAACAACAAUAGGCUUUAUCCACCUCCCAACAAUGCAGUUGUUCUAGAGCUUCCAGAAGUCGACCAGAUCUACCAGGUGCUCAAACAAGCCACCGAAAUCUCGAACAAACCGCGCGUCAGCGUGGAGAUAAUCACCAGCAGCGACGCGGCGGGUUCGAACCCCGGAAGCUCCGGCAGCUCCGGGCACAGCCUGAACCGCCCACGCCCACCUCCCGCCCACGCCCAGCCGCCCAUUCGAGUGGGCGGACCCACUUUGGCGGUGGUAGAUUCGGCCCCUUGUGCCACAAGUUCAGCCCCCCACUCUCCGAGGCGCCAGAAGCUGAACCUGCGCAUGAAGAGUCUAUCGUUGGAUUCGCCCGAGAGCACAGAACACGUCAGACGUGGCAAGCAUCACGGAGCUAACGCUGCCAGUGACCCCCACUCCAAUCAAGGCUCCUCCUCCAGGAUUCAGUCACCUUCUAGCCCAGUUCAUAAUCGCCGUCUUUUGUCUGCCAAAAAUAUCAGAAUGUCCUCCGUUGAACUGCCAGAUGAUAACGAUAAGAGUCCAUCAUCAGCCAGCACGUCGCCCUGUCCUAGUCCCGUUGGAGGAAAAAAAUCUCACAGAUUACUGCCCACGAAUCUAUAUGUAGUACUGUACAAUUUCAAAUCGAGACAUCAAGAUGAACUCGACCUCAAAGCUGGAUACAAAGUAACUGUAAUCGACACGUCGGAUUCUGAUUGGUGGAAAGGAAAGUGUCUUGGAAAGGUUGGAUUCUUUCCAUCCAAGUACGUUUCCAAAUUGUCAUCAGGAGAGAAACCAUUACAGGUGACUCAUAAUCUUCAAGUAUCCGAUGGAGAAAAUGGUCUGAUGCUGUUGAGGGACCAAAUAGUCAUCCAGAUAGGCGAAGAAUUAGAUGGAAUGGUAAUGAUCCGCUCCGGGGACAACCGACAGGGCAUUUGUCCGGUGAAAUUCCUGCAGGAGUUCAAGCAACAGAACGGCACCCUCAGAAAAUUGUACUACCCCAAUCCCACCCCCUGGACUAUGAUCCAGAAUAAUGUUAGGAACAAGCAGAAUAACAAAAGGAAUAAUAGCAGCCGCAAGGAAGGCACCAGUUCGGGAGGCAUACUCCAAUUCUACUACAACAACUUCGGGAAGAGCAACAAAGACACCAACGUCUACAACAACGUCCUGAAUAGAAGAAAGAACGAGCUAGCCUUCCUGCAUGGUAAAGCCCCAUUCUCCUCCACCAAACGACCCCUCUCCAUCAGAUUAUCUACCCCCAAGCACAUGUCCAACUUCUUCAGCAGAUCCAAGUCAGACUCCCAGAAGAGGCCUCUGCUCUUGCAGGGUCAAGAAAGCUCGAUGAAUCUUCAGCCCAGUUUCCAGAUCAUUCCCAACAAGAGCGGUCUGAGGAUCUCUUCUAUUUAUACAAUCAGUGAGAACGUGGAGAAAUUCAGCUUCUGCAGGAAGAAUUUGUACAUUUCAUCGAACAGCAGGCCUCUGUUUGUUAGGAUAUGA